ACCAGCCCUCGCACGAUCCUUUCACCCUCCCCCCUCCUCACCUCUUUCCACCUCACGCACCUUGUGCCAUUCUAUACACUUUGUCUAGAAAGUUCCCUCACUGCCUACAAAUACCCGUGCACGCCUCGCGGCCCCUUCUCGAGAGCACCGGUCAAGUACCACACGCCACAGAGUCAGUUCGCUGGCCCACUCCACUCUUCGUCGUGCGCACGCCACAGACCUGCUCAAUCGUACCAUACCGCCCGCCAUGGCUACUCCACAAUCUCCAAAGCCCGUCUACAACAACCCCGGUCGUCCUCGUCGCGAUAGCUGCCGGCCCAUGGGCGGAGCGUCGCUGUCGAGGUCGUCGUCGUACCUCAAUGCCGCCCGUGUCGCUGCUCCCAAGGAUGGAGAUGCCUUCAGCUACAACCCGGCCCACCUGCGCCAUUGGUAUUGCCCGCAACAACUCUGGGAUCGCCUUCCCGAGCAAGUCCAAUCCAGCCUGGCCGCUCUUCAACACGCUGGCGCUGCUGUUCUGACUGGUUUCGAGCGACUCGAUAAGCAUUUGGAGAGCUCCGACGACAGUGAUGUCGACGGCAAACCUGCCGCUGACGACUCGCUGGCUCAGCUCGAUCAGCUUCCGUCGCCAAGGUUCCGCACAAUAAGCAAUGCCAGCAGCGUCUUUCAGUCCGACUCGUCUACGCCCCUCACCAGUGCCUCAUCCACCUCUCAGUCGGGAAGCGCGUCGCCUGUGGAAUCGUCACUCCCAGCCUCUCAUCUCCUGUGUCCUGGCUCACCCAUCUCGCUCGGUGCCUCUGAGCGCUCUCGUUCGCGUGAGCGAUCCUUCUCCACGCCGCUCAAGUCGCAUGAUGCCUACUAUGCAGCAGAGCUAUCACAUCUGCGCACCGAGGCUCUUCCCCGUCUCCGGCACAAGACUUACAAAGUGGACUCUGCAUGGUCCGAGGCCAAGCCUCAGAUGCACGCGGACGACAUCAAUGCCUUUGAGAACUGGUUGGCGGAAAAGAAGUGCGCGAUAUUGAGUCUUAGUGAGAGGGGCAAGCGCCUUGCAAAGGCUGUGGGUAUUGCCGACACUGGGCUCGGGUGGUGUGCUCCGUAAAAAGAAGCUAGCGAGGCACACGUGCUUGGCGCGGCUUUCACAUGGGAUCACUCAGCGCGUCCGGCACACAACGUGGCAUAACAGAGUCUGCUACAGGCUCGGGGCUGCCAUGCGCUAUUUCUUUUUACUCUCUCUGUCUCUCCUCUCUGUUAUUGCUGUUUUAUCUUGGAUGCAUAUUUAGCGCGGAGUUGGUUGGUAUUUACCGAGAUAGGGAUCUAUGCGGGAGCCGGAAUCAUCCCAACUCUACUUGGACUGGAACGGCGUGUGGGAAAUUUUUCUUGUUUGACGCGUCCCGGAUAAUGAGUAACCAGUGAAAUUGGACUCGUAUUGCUGGUUGAUGCCCUGCGGUAUUUUUUUUCUUUCCGCCGGCUGUGAAAAAGUUGCUGGCUUGGGUUUGGCCCUGGCCGGCCAGGUUGUUGUCAGAUGCAAUUAGCGAAUGAUAAUGUUUGCUU